GAGAAUCAUUGUCUCCCCGCGCGGGGUUAUUAAGCUAUGGAAAGAAUCAUUUGAUUAUCAGACACAGACAAGUCGACUGCUGGCUUCAUCAUUCUCAUCCUCUCACCACAUCAUCCGCCACCAUGAGCGAGAAUAACCGCGCCUUUGUCCUCCACGCCGUCAAGAACGUGUCUCUCGAGGACCGCCCCGUCCCCGCGCUCCGCGACGAGCACGACGUCCGCGUCCACAUUGAGCAGACGGGCAUCUGCGGCAGCGACGUCCACUACUGGCAGCGCGGCCGCAUCGGCGACUUUGUCCUCGAGAGCCCCAUUGUCCUCGGCCACGAGAGCGCCGGCACCGUCACCGAGGUCGGCCGCCAGGUGCGCAACGUCCAGGUCGGCGACCGCGUCGCCAUCGAGCCCGGCGUCCCCUGCCGUCGCUGCGACCACUGCCGCGCCGGCGCCUACAACUUGUGCGCCGACACCGUCUUCGCCGCUACGCCCCCCCACGACGGGACCCUGCAAAAGUACUACGUCGUCGCCUCGGACUACGUCUACCCUCUCCCCGCGCACAUGUCCGCCGAGGACGGCGCCCUGGUCGAGCCCGUCGCCGUCGCCGUCCAGAUCGCAAAGGUCGCGGACCUCAGGGCUGGCCAGACCGUCCUCGUCUUCGGUUGCGGACCCAUUGGCGUCCUGUGCCAGGCCGUCGCCAAGGCAGCGGGGGCGGCACAGGUCAUUGGCGUCGACAUAUCCGAGUCGCGCGCCCAGUUUGCGCGUGACUUUGCGGCCGACCACGUCUUUGUCAACAAGACCCGCACCCCCAAGGGUACCGACCCCGUCGACGCGGCGCGGGCGGUGGGCGAGGCGAUUGUGGCCCAGUACGGCCUUGGUGAGGGUGCCGACGUCGUGCUAGAGUGCACGGGCGCCGAGCCGUGCAUCCAGGCUGGCAUCUUCGCCGCGAGGAAGGGCGGCAUGUACGUCCAGGCGGGCAUGGGGCGCGAGAACGUCGUGUUCCCCAUUACCACGGCGUGUAUCCGCGCGCUCACCGUCAAGGGCUCGAUUCGGUACACGACGGGCUGUUACCCGCAGGCCGUUCAGCUGGUCGCGAGAGGAAAGGUCCAGCCCAGCAAGCUCAUCACCCAUCGGUUCAAGUUUGAGCAGGCGGAGGAGGCGUUUGAGCUGGUCAAGCAGGCGGGGGAGAACACUCUCAAGGUUGUGAUUGAGGGUGUUCAGGGGUAGGGGCUGAAUUAUAAUGGGAGGUAUUAUCAAGCAUACUAUAUCUGUUAUUGAGCAUACCCGGUGGAGUCAAGUAUAGUAAACAUAUAGCGUAGAGGUUCCUUACCCCGUAGCUCAAUUUAAUAUAAUCUAGUAUUCAUAAGCUGCGAUUAUUUAUAGUCUCUUUAUAACUACUUACCCCCGCUAGGUAUGCUCAAUAAUAGAUGCGGUAUGCUUGACAAUAUCUCCCAUUAUAAUAGAAAGAUAUUGCUUUACAUGUCCCAGUUGCCAGUCUACGUGAGUGACACCAUGUCGUAUAUG